UGGUAUGUUGAUGUCAUCUUUUUUAAAAUUUACAGAUAGAAUCUGUGCUCCCAUUAAUUUCUAUCCGUUACAAUUCUUAUUGUUUAUUUCUAGAUAUUUUGUUGUUCUGUUCUGAUAAUGUUAUGAUUGUGAGAUGGAGAAAACUAAGCAUGCUUUCUUGGAAUUAAGCCUUAUUGAUCUUAGUGGCACAUCUUGCAAGUGAACAUGGCUAAUUGAAAUUGGACUAUGCCUUGUAUGCAAGUUUACUCUUAAACAAGAACAGCAGGGGAAAAUUGCAUGGCUGUGAGUUGGACUGGAUGGCUCCUGUGGACUCUUCCAACUUCAUGAUUCUAUGACUAUUUAGUAUACUCUCCACCUCAUUUGGCAAAGAUAGACUCAAUUAAUAUAGUACUCUUCUGUUUCAGCUGCUUUUUAAAUGUCAAAUUUUCUUUCACUUCCUCUCACUUUCCCCUUUGUCCUUGACUUACUUUCAUUAGGGUAAAGUGACUUCAAACUUCGUUAACUUAGAAUAGGAGGGGAGAAGAGAAGAGGUGCAAAACAGGAACUCUUUUUCCACUUCCUUUCAACUGCUACUGUACUUUUCUAUUUUUGUUUCAAGAGCAAAGGAAAUAUUAUUAUCCAGAGAAAACAGUAUUUUAAAAUACAAAUUUAUGAAUAACGUUUAAAAAUAAUAACAAAGAGUCUUUAUUACUAAAUAAGCUACAUGUAGUGUUAAUCAGAAGUUAGAAUUGCAAUCCUGUAGAAGUCUACUCAAGAUUAAAUCCCAUAGAGUUAAAGGAAUUUUACAGCCAAUUGAAUGGAUACUAUAUGUUUAUGGGAACGGCCCUUUAUUGCCUGCCAUUAGAGGCAUAAAUUGGUGGAAGACAAUUGCUCCUGUAGUUUACAUUUAGAAAAUAGUACAGUGGAUUGAUGAGAAACCUAGUAGUGAAGGCAAGACAGUUUCUGAGAUGAAUCAUGUUUUAAAGUAGAGGAGAGAAAACAAUACUCUUCACUUGUAACCAUCACUGGACUUCAAUUUUAUUAGCAUAGUAACUGUUUAAGUUGCAGAGGUGGUGGUGGUAGGAUAGGAUGUGUUGUAAUGCUAGUGGUUGUAUGCAAUGUUGUAGCCCAUUUUAGACAAGGGGACUCAUGAGGUCCUAUAGGCAAUUUUCCUACUGGAGAUGCUCAUCUAGUCAAUCUAAUGUGCUUUAAUGAUGAUUUGCUCUAUAAUUGACAUAUCUAACCACAUCCAUUACUCAUAAAUAGUGAGCAGAAGGAAAAUACAAAUUGAAAUUGCAGUGUAUGCUUUACUAGCAGUUUUUCACAGUUAUAAUUCCUUUUAAGACUGGGUUUGGUAAGUCCUGUUCAAAGGGCUUACCAGACCCAAGGUAUUAUAUUGCUUAGAGAAUUGGAGUAGAACAGAACUUUCAAAUUUCCACUUGGCUAUUAAGCUCACUGGGUAACCGUGGGUCAAUUACUAUUUCUCAGCCUAACCUAUUUAAUCAGAUUCUUGUGAUAAUUAAUGCAGAGCUGGAGAAAGACCAAUAUGAUGUUUUGUUCUUUAUGUCCCAUUUCAGCAGUUUAGGUCUCUUUUUGUAUAGCAAGAAAGUUCAGAACUUUGCCUCCUAAAGCCCAAACAUGUCUAUUGUCUAUUUAAAUCUAUGCAUGCUUGUUUUUGACUUCCUACUUGAAGAUUUUCAAAGUUAGCUGGACAGUUCUCAGAGCUAAUAAAAUUAUGCUGCUGUUUGCUUCUGUGUGUGACUAAGCAGUUUGGACCGUCUUUUUCAAAUUAUGAGUUCAUUUGAUGCAGAUGUAGGAACCACUGGAGCUGACACAUCCCAAAGUGUGCUCAUUGUACUCUUUGGAUUGGGUCAGGAGAGAAUGCUUCUGGAACAUGGCCAUACAGCCCGGAAAACUCACAGCAACACAGUGAUUCCAGCCAAUAAAGCCGUUGACAACACACUGUUUGGAUUAUUCACAUCUACAGGUUCUGGAAAUCAUUUAAUUGUUGUACACAGAUACUGGCCAUGACUGAUAGUUUUUAGGAAUCUUAAAAUUUCAUUAAGGUAAAGGUAAAGGUUUCCCCUGACGUUAAGUCCAGUCAUGUCUGACUCUGGGGGUUGGUGCUCAUCUCCAUUUCUAAGCCGAAGAGCCGGCGUUGUCCGUAGACACCUCCAAGGUCUUGUGGUUGGCAUGACUGCAUGGAGUGCCGUUACCUUCCCGCCGGAGCGGUACCUAUUGAUCUACUCACAUUGGCAUGUUUUCGAACUGCUAGGUUGGCAGGAGCUGGAGCUAACAGCGGCUGCUCCCGCCGCUCCCAGGUUCUUUAACACACUUCGCCACUGGGGCAUUAACAUUAACAUUUCAGAAAUGUAGAAUUUAUCACAGUAGAAUUUAUCACAGUAGCAUUUCUUUGACUUGAGAGGCUGUUUCUAGUUUUAUGUAUGGUUUUACUAUUUUUGAAAAUCUAAGAGCCUGUGACAUACAUAAUUAUUUGCCAUGGCUAGUUUUGAAGGAAAAGAGAAAUAAGAGUCUAUUUUUGCUUAUAGUACUUCUAACAAUAGAUUCAAAGAAUUCACAUGUGGCUUGGAUUAGACAAGUGGAAUGGUUAACUUUUUUCUGUUGAAUGUGCUCCUAUGCACUCUCACAGUGUUUCCUAACUUCCUACAGGUGUUUUGGACUUCAACUCCUAGAAAUCCUAGCCAGUUUUCCAACUGUUAGGAAUUGUGGGAGCUGAAAUCCAAAACACCUAGAGAGCCAAAGGUUGGCAACCACAACUCUGAAACUUGCCUUAAUUUCAAAAGCAUUUAGCUAUAUGCCAUAUAGGGAAGAAGGGGUGUUCAGUUAAAAAAAAUCAAUUUACAGCUUAAUUUAAUUUAAAGCAUUAGUUUAACAAUUAUUUGGAUUUUAAUCUCAGUUUCUAACAAAAGAAAGGACAAGUGUGAUGCGUAGACCAAUGGCAUAUUGAAUUUAGCUGUGGACAGAUCUGUGUUCAGAACUGCCUUCUGACAUAAAAAUCAGAAUUGCAUUGGAUAAAUCACCUGCAUAAACCUCAUAGUUAUUGUUAAGAAAACACAGCAAUUCUAUGGAAGGAUGGAAGGGGUGUGUGUGUGUAGGCAUUAAAUAAUACAGAUGUCUAUAACACACCGUUUUCACAUAUCUGUUCUUAAGUAAUUUUUCAUUAAAAAGCAUUUGAAGACCAUCUCAGAGAUUAAAAUGAAAAUUUGGGAGAGAAAAUCAUAGGCCAAGGUGUAAUAGUGUAUAAUUUUUUUACUGCACCAUAGCUUCUUUAACUAUUACAAACAAAGUAAUGUUUAUUUCUUUGGCCUAAUAGACUGUACUAUACUUUUUUUCUUGUGUCAAGAGUGACUUGAGAAACUGCAGGUCGCUUCUGGUGUGAGAGAAUUGGCUGUCUUUAAGGGCAUUACUCAGGAAAUGCCUGGGACAGUUUUUGCCUGUCAAUUGGGACUACAGUAUUUCUACCACUAUUUCCUCCUUUCUGGAAGGAAAGAUUAAACAUGUUCCAUAGCACUGUAGCAAUAUAUAUGUAUAAUUGUUCCAUUCCUUUCUGUCACUAAAAUGAAUAUGAAAUGAGCUACUUUAAAUGAAGAAGGGGAUUUCUAUGGUAUCUAGGAAACCUUGAUUUUUGAGGGGCCUCCCACACAUACACCAGUACUGUACCUUAAUAAAAAUAAUAAGAACCGUUUGGUGAACAUAUUAACCGCCAUCAUACUCCUUCCAUGCAGGUAUUGGCCAUCAGUUGGCCUGGGUGAAAAUUCAGCUGAUAUAAAGAUUUCCUAAGCUACUUAAGGACUGAGGACGAAAUCAAAAUCUCCAGCAUUUGACCCUGUUUUAUUAACUUGUUCGUCAUGCUUACACAUAUUUGUCAGCUCUUAAAAGUAUCUUGUGGCCUAAAUAGGCUUCCUAUGUGAAAUUAGACAUAUUUAUGUUCUUAUUUAAUUAGCUAGUGGUGGUGGCAGGAAGGGACAACUCUACCUGCCAUGAAGGCAGGAGAACAUUCUUUGGAACCCAAAUUGGCAAUGCUAGUCUUGGAUUCCUUCAUUUUUGCCCGAUGUUAAGCAUCCAAGAUGGGGGUGGGAGAAGAAGCUAUGUUCACUGUCAUUUUGUGAGAGUACAAAAAAGUUAUUUAUCUUUAGGAUUUAUUUACAGCACUUCUAUUCGCACUCCUGCUACUAUAGUUACUUUCAACAGCAAACAAUGAGUGUGAGGGUAGGGUGGGGAAACUUAAGUGCUGAGAUGUUAUUUUACCUUACAUAGGAAAAGGAAAGAAUUAUCCAUGUGAGGAGAUAAAUAUUUAAUGGCUUUUAGAUGAAAAGAUGACCUAGCUAAGUCAUCAUUCUUUCUCUAACCCCCCUUAAACUCAUGGACAGGAUUCUGUAAUGUGGAAGUUAGAAACACUUUAUCUCAAAAACAGUUCAGUUGACCAAUUUUGGGAAUCAGUUUUUUGUUCCAUGUGUUUUUAACUUCACAUAAAGGCACCCCAGGAACUUUCCAGAUAAUUAUUUAGAAAGAGAACUUAUCACGUGUUCACUAGUACUGUAUAUGUAAUGUUUGAAACAAUUCUUAGAAAUCAGUGGUUAAAAAAGAAUGACCUUUUUGUUUUGAGGAGCAAAAAGAAAAGGAAUAAAAGAAGCAUUGUCUAUUGUUCAUAGAACUCUACAUAAUUUAAAACUUAAUUGUUUUAAUCUUAGAAUAUAUACUUAGGGCAGUCUUAGACUAUAUACAGUGCUUGAAAGUAAGUUAUAGUCUGUUUAGUGGGACUUACCUCAUAUAAACAUACUUAGGAUUAUAAGGCUAGCUCUUAUUUUACUCUGUGGACCUAAACCUGUGUUUGUGACCUAGGAUAUCAUACCAUAAUAAGGUAGGCAUGCAAGAAGCAAUGAUUAUGCAUUCUCUGUGUUUAUGCUGGGGAAAGACAUUGCAUAAGCAAACUACUUUUGUCAGUCAUGUAACAGACAAUAAGGGAAGGAUCUGAGGAUGCCUGCCAUAGAUGUGGGCGAAACGUCAGGAGAGAAUGCUUCUGGAACAUGGCCACACAGCCCGAAAGACAUACAACAACCCAAUAAGGGAAGGACAUAGGGAAUGUCAUUAUCUGUUUCUCAGGAUAUUUUUGAUUACAAUAUCAAGUACUAAUUUAUAGCUGGGUUCUCUUGUGAGCAAUCCCCAUUAAUGCUAAUGUGAUUCUAGGUGAAUUAAUCAGUUUUUAAACAGAUAAUUGCCAGUUUAGGAGAUGUCUGAAUAUCCUAUAAUCUUGGAAGAAGAUGUAGCAUUUGAACUAACAGCAUAUCACGGUGAAUUGCAUUUAAAGGCAUGGAGGACAAUAUUAAAAUCUGGUAGUACUUACCCAAUGAAAGCUGCAGAUUUUGAAACAGUUUGAGACCUAAUAAGACUAAAACUAUAAUCCUGUAAAGUAAAUUACGUUAAAAUAAAUGGAUUUUACAGCUAUGAUGUUAGAAUUACAUUUUGACCAGCUAUACUUCAGACCUGUUAUUAAUUGUCUUUGAUAUGAAAACAAGUCAAUUACUUUAAAAACUAAAUUCAGACAACGUGGUGGGAUUAUUCAAUGCUAGCUGUGAUUAUCAAGGGCUAUUCGUUUCACUAGGUCUAACAAUAAAUUAGGCCAAGUUUUUUAAAUUUAAUUUUAUAAACUGGUCAACUUGGAAAUAAAUCUAGGACUAAUUGAUCAAGUUAGAAUUUAAGAGUUGUGUGCCAGAAGCAGAAAACAUCAUGCUCCCCUUUCCUCUGAGUGUAGAAUAUCCUAAUUUUUUACACUUAGGAUGGUUAAUUAAAGUAUUAAAUGAGUGGGGGAAUAAUCAAGCAAAAUGGUAGACACCAUAAGUAUUACUGCUAAUAUGCCUGUUACUUAUAAGAGGGAUUCAAGGAAGUUUUCUAAACAUUGACAUCAAUACUGAAGCUUUUUUUCCAUGUCAGGAGUGACUUGAGAAAUUUCAAGUCACUUCUGGCGUGAGAGAAUUGGCCGUCUGCAAGGACGUUGUCCAGGGGAUGCCCAGUUGUUUGAUGUUUUACCAUCCUUGUGGAAGGCUUCUCUUGUGUCCCCUCAUGGGGAGCUCGAGCUGACAUAGAGAGCUUACCCACUCUCCCCGGAUUUGAUACGGAGUGAAAACCAGAAAUCUCCAGUUAGGUAUAUAUUAUUUUAAAACAAUUUUAAAAUCCAUAAAAUUGAAACCAUUUCAAAAUUAGUUGAAAAGUGUUUAAAAACAAACAGAAAACUCUAAAAAAAAGCACAUCAUCAAAAUCCCCUUACAGUCAGUUCCCAAAAGCCUGUAUAGAAAAGUUGUCCGAAUGUGAACAAGAAGGAAGCCUCAUUAUGGAGGGAGCUUCAGAGUUUAGGAGCAGGCCUUGUGCCUUCUUAAAGAUUUCAGACCCUAAGCAUGUUCAUACAUAUAAAUAUUCUUCAAGUAGCCUGAAACCUGGGCAGUAUAGCAUAGGGCUUUAAGGGUCAUAAAUAGUGUUUUGAAUUGGAAUGCCAGUCAGUUGAUCUGUUGCAACAAGAGUUGUACUCGGUCCCAGUUAAUUUGGCUGCAGCUCUUUGCACUGACUGCUUUUUUCAAAGGCAGCCUCAUGUAGAGUUUAUUGCAAUAAUAUACAUGGUGUUUCAAAAUGAUGGGCCCAAUUUCAAAGCAGUAUAUUUCAUGAUGGCAAAAUGUUACAAUUGUAUGAAGAGUUACAAACAGUUUAAUGAGUUCUCAAGUUAUUAAGUUUUACUAACCAUUUUGAGCGAGAAACAAAUCUAAAAAUGGAGAGUAUCUCAAUAGGUCUUAUAUUGUGGGGUUUCCCUCUUGACUGAGGCUAAGUGCUGUUUGGGUUCUGGGAGAGGCAUCUGACGUCAAUAAUUUGAAACUUUAUGCCUCACCUUUUUAAGUAGUAAAGUAGUUCAUUCAUGGGAGUUCAUGGUAGCAGAAAUACAGUGAUUUCAAAUCAAGUCCCAUCUUUUUGAAAGCCUGUAUAAUCAAGGCACGUACUACAAAUGCCAUGAUUUUCUAAUUCUUACAGGAAACUUAAGAAUUUUCAUAUUGUGAUACAAUGACAAUAUAAUAUUAGGGGCAAUACAAUAAUAUACGUAAUAGGAGAUGUUAAUUGAUGCUCUGCUUUUCUUAAUAUUAUGAUAUUAAGGAAUGUUCUAAGGAGUCAUGUGAUAUGAUAAAUUGACAGACAGGAUAUAUACACAUUGUAGAUAGGAGCUGAAACUUAACAAUCCAGCUAGAGAGUCAAUUUGAGGGAGGAUUGGAUAAAGUGCAGCCAUGGGGCCUCAUGUGCCCCUCUAGUUGUUGUUUGUUAGCCUCACUUCUAGAUUCCUCAGACAGCCCUUUUCUGGCUAAAAGGGGUGACGGGAUGAAUUAUUUUUCUUGGAAGUGUCUAGGAGUUGCAAUUUGCAUACGUUUUAGUCUUUUCAUGCAAAGCCUCAUACUCAAAAUUACUUAUUUUCCAAAUGCAAAAGUGGAUUCCCACCUACCACCUUUUUUGCUUCUAUAAAAAAUCUCCCCAUAGGCCAUUGUGUUAAAAUCAUUAAGCUUUCAAAAACCAUAGGUAGAUAUCUUUUUCUCAAAUUCAAAACCCUGUCUCUAUCAGCUCAAAAUUAUUUUUGUCAGCUUCAAACCCUGUCAGCUUCAGGUUCAAAUCGCUGUCUGAAUUUCCUCAGAUGGAAGCCUGGCCUUUUAAGACACCCCCCCCCCCGCCCCCGGGAACCCUUCUUCACAACCUCCCUGGGUCAUGGUUGGCUUCCUUGCAGCCAGGUCUACUAGUGCCUCCUUCACAUUGGUCUCCUUCAGAAGUCAGUUGCUCUACUGAGGUCUUGAUUAAGAGCAAUGAGGUCCAGCACUUUUUUUUUCAGAAUCCCCACACAUUUCUGAAUGCAGUGAAACAACUAUGCAGUACUUAAUUUGCAGUACUCAGCGGGGCUUUGUGUCUCCCUGGUAAUGUGCCUAGUUGGUGAUCUGUCUCCCUCAGUGUUUAAUAACCUGUCUGCCCUCUCAGACUAGACCUUUUCCACACAGCUAACUUGCACAAGACUCAGUGUUACAUUUUUCUUGCUUAUGCAGGGGCAGUCAUACCAUAUGUGUCCCACAGACUACAUCCAUAAUACUUCUUGAUGUUCUCUGUUCUCUGUUGUGGGCCAGCCUUAGAACCAUCCUCUUUUCUACCAUUGGUAUUUCCCCUCAGACACUUUGGUAUUAGAAGACUGCUAGGUGUGUGUAUCUCUGGGAGUCAUACCGGCAGUUAACUCCAGUGCUUUCAACUUCAGCUUAUAGGAGUCACUCUCGUGAGCCCUGUCUUGCUCUCUUUCUUUGUUCCUGUUCUCCCAAUUCCUUUUCACACUGAAGCUCCUUUUCUCCUAAUUCUUGCUACUUCUCCGCUCUCAAAAUUUAUAAUUCUUCCUCAAGUCUUUCUUUGUUCUUGCUUCCCCUUUCCCUUAACUCUUGUUCUUAUUCCUUUGUCAAUGUUUCUAGAUCUUUUUCUCUUUGUUCUCGCUUUCCUCCUCCUUGAUUGCAACCUGCUAAUAAUAUCUGAAGCAAUUACUUAUUGAUUCUGGAUAAUACAUAAUCUCAUAUAUAAUAUAAUAUAAUACAUAAUCUCAUUCAAUGGACAUGGCAUUGGCUAUACUUAUUACAUAAUUUUUCAGAAGUAAUGUCUUGGGAUAAGGGAGCAAAUUUAUCAGAGUAAUGACUCAAGAUCCUCUUCCUAUUUCCAUAUCAUUAGUCCAUAAUUCUGAGUUUUUGUUCUAUCAUUUCUUAACUGAAUAGUCCUUUCAAUGCAUUGUUUGAUAUAUUUCAUUGGUUUCUGAAGAUAGGUGUCCUCUUAACUAUAGAAACUUCACUAUUCCAAGAAAACCCCCACAGAUUUAAAUAGUGUAUCUUAUCUUCAGAGAGCUUCAUUCUCUCCUUGAAAAGCAUUAGUGUUUGAGUUGUAAUCAACAUUGUUGCUGCAAAGUUUAUCUCAGUGAACAUAGCAUACUUGCGCAGGUUGCUAAUAGGCAAUAUGGUAGUGGAGUUUAAAUGAAGAUUAAUAAUCAUUUAUAUUUUCAGGAACAAACUAUACAUGUUCAGAUUACUUAGUUGAUCAAAGUAUCCUGCAUGGAUGGUCUUUUUUAAAUGGAGCUAACCAAGCAUUCAUGUUUUUAUUUUAUCAGACAACACAGAAUGUUAUAUUGGCAGCAAUCCUGUUUAACUAACAAAUAUUUUUUUACUUCAGUGGUUAGGUAGGUAUAUGCUCCCUCCCCUGCCUUUCCACAGAUUUUGAGGGUCCUGAAAAAGAAACAGGGUACAAGUUUAACCUUUCAUAUUUGUCCAGAUGAAAGGACCAGAUUACUCUUUUAUUGUAGGAUCACCAUGCCUCACUCCAAAACAUUUUGUCUGCAGUUGUAACCUUCCUGUGCUUUUCCUGCUUCUUGUUUAACAGGGAAAAAAUCUGCUGUGGAGGACAAGAUGAAAUAAGAGCACAAUGAUUGUUGAUAUAGUGUUUUCUAUUUGGAAGCAUCCUGCAUUUGUAGUCCUUUUCCUAUUCUCACUGACAACGCAAAUAGAAGUUUGCUCAGUAAAAAAUGAAAAUGAAUUCCAAAAGGGAGGCUUACAUAUUUGAAUGCUGUCAUGUUCUGAAUUUCAUUGUAUACUAUGUAGUUCACCUCCAGGAAUGUAGCAGUGGGACUGUUUUGGCUUUUCUAUUGCUGUUGAUAGUUCUUAGGUUUUGUCAAACAAUCUAAAAAAAAAACCCCUUUCUUUUAGUUCUAUAAAGCUAUAAAUAUUCUCUGGUAUUGAGAGAUAAAUCUUGUUACUAAUUAAGAUGUCUUCCAUCUAUGUAUAUAAGAGAGUGAUGGCAUCAGGGCAGCGGAAAAAUAACAAGACUACAGGCCCCCCAACCUCGAAAUUUGACAACACAACCCAUCAUCCACAGCUCUAGGUUGAUACAACAAAAAGAAAAGAAAAAUAAAGUCCUAAUUAGAGAAAGAGGAAUAAUUGUUUUUAUCCAAUUGCUGCCAGUUACAAGGCUAAGUUCUGCCCACUUGGUCUCCUAGCAACCUAUCCAGCCCAGGGGACAGGCACAGUUAGGCCUCACUUAGGUCUCUUCCACAGAUUAUUUAAUUUGCACUGGAUUAUAUGGCAGUGUAGACUCAAGGCCCUUCCACACAGCUAUAUUACCUAUUUAUAAUCUUAUAUUAUCUGCUUUGAACUGGAUUAUCUUGAUUCCACACUGCCAUAUAAUCCACUUCAGUGUGCAUUUUAUACAGCUGUGAAGAAGGGGCCCCAAAUAAUCCAGUUUUAAGCAGAUAAUAUAAGAUUAUAAAUAUACAGUAGAGUCUCACUUAUCCAACAUAAACGGGCCGGCAGAAUGUUGGAUAAGUGAAUAUGUUGGAUAAUAAGAAGGGAUUCAGGAAAAGCCUAUUAAACAUCAAAUUAGGUAAUGAUUAUACAAAUUAAGCACCAAACAUCAUGUUAUACAACAAAUUGGACAGAAAAAGUAGUUCAAUACGCAGUAAUGCUAUGUAGUAAUUACUGUAUUUACAAAUUUAGCACCAAAAUAUCACAAUGAAUAUAAAACAUUGACUACAAAAACAUUGACUACUAAAAGGCAGACUGUGUUGGAUAAUCCAGAACACUGGAUAAGCGAAUGUUGGAUAAGUGAGAUUCUACUGUAAUAUGAAAUAAUUACUGUGGUAAUCCAGUCCAACCCAAUUCUGCCAUGGAGGACACAAUCCAAGCAUGCCACCCAGCCUCUCAAUAAGAAGAAGAAGAAGAAGAAGAAGAAGAAGAAGAAGAAGAAGAAGAAGAAGAAGAAGAAGAAGAUCAUACAAUCAUAAGGUUAGGAGACACCCCUAAGGACCAUCCAGUUCAACUUUCUUCUACCAUACAGGACGACACAAACCAAGCAGUCCUGACAGAUGGCCAUCCAAGAUCUGCACAAUAAUAAUACAAAUCGAAUCAUAGAAUCAGACAGUUAGGAGAGACCCCUAAAGGCCAUCCAGUCCAACCCAACUCUGCCAUUGGAUGAUACAAUCCAAGCACUCCCAACAGAUGGCCGGCCAGCCUCUCAAUAAUAAUAAUAAUAAUAAUAAUAAUAAUAAUAAUAAUAAUAAUAAUAAGAACAACAACAUCAUCAUACAAUCCUAAGGUUUGGAGUGACCCCUAAGGAUCAUCCAGAUCAACUUCCUUCUACCAUGCAGGAGGACACAAUCCACGCACUCCUGACAGAUGGCCAUCCAGCCUCUACAUAAUAAUGAUGAUGAUGAUGAUAAUAAUAAUAAUAAUAGCAUAGAAUCCAAGAAUUUGGAGAGACCCCUUAGGGCCAUCCAGCUCAACCCUUUCUACUAUGCAGCAGGACACAACCCAAGCAUUCACAGCACAUGGACAACGUAUAAAUACUAUACAAUACUACACAGGGACAUAGAUCCCCUCUACCCUCACCACUUUCACAGUACACAAACAACCAAAUGCAUACUAAACAUAAAGACAACCCUACAACAGACAUUCAACACCACGACUACCUCAACAAGUUCUCACCAACACCACCAGACAACACCACAGCAACGCGUGGCCGGGCACAGCUAGUGUUUUAUAAUAUACUAAUAUGAGAUCAUCAGAAGUUGUAGUUUAUUUUUAUAUAUUUAUAAGAGUAAUUUAAAUACCAUGAACAAAUUUUAUUGACCUCAACUUACAUGAAGAUAAUUUAGAGUUAAGCUUCAGCCCCUGGAUGCAAACAGAAACUUCCAUGUUUAAGUUGAGGAGAGGUUUGGGGGGUCAAAAUGGAAGGGUAACACUUCUCAGAACUCAUUUUGUGGAGGUAAUGGAAGUAAUAUAUGCAAGAAAAAGUGGCCAGAAAUAUCAUCACAACAGGGCAUUGUGCUUCUUUUAGGUUUUCCCAGGACAAGCAAGUAUAUGGCAUAGAUAGGGAGAAAAAAAGAGAAAAGCUGACUGGGAAACCAGGUGGGAACAGAGGAGAGGGAGAGAGGUGGAUGGGUGUUGGAUUUUUCAAUGGGAAGAGUUGGAAGAUAGGUUCUUCUUAUUGUUUCUGAACCAGUAGGCAGCCACAAGGACUUGGGGCAUGAAAGAGUGGAGCUGCUUGCUACCAUUGUCGUUUUCCACCUAGUCCAGAAGUGGUACUUCAGAAAGGGGUGAGAACUUAAUUCAUCCCAAGAGCAUCAAAAAGAAGCACCAUUUGACCUCUUCUAUUCUUCCUACCCUGGAGUGAAAGCAUCAAAGAGCUCAAAAACGAUGGGGAGAGUGGAGAGGACAUAUGUUUUUGAGCAUGGUGUUAUUGCUACAGAAGAUGAAGAGUAUUUUAUUGAGCCUCUAAGAAAUUUAACUGAAAAUUCCAGUAACUUUAGUUAUGAAAGCGGCCAUCCUCAUGUUAUAUACAAAAAGUCUGCUAUUUACCACCAGCUUUUCUAUGAUCAUAUCCUUUGUGGUGUCUCAGAAAGCAGUAAACCAUGGUGGUUGAACAAUACAGAUGCUUUUCCAACUUUACAUCCUGUUAAUCAUACAUUAAGUAGUAAUCAUCGUCUGAAGAGAUCAAUAAGCACUGAACGUUUUGUGGAGACGCUUGUAGUAGCAGACAAAAUGAUGGUGGGAUAUCAUGGUCGUAAAGAUAUUGAGCAUUAUAUUUUGAGUGUCAUGAAUAUUGUUGCCAAACUUUACCGUGAUUCCAGCCUAGGAAACGUUGUGAAUAUUAUAGUGACUCGAUUAAUUGUCCUCACAGAAGAUCAGCCAAACUUGGAGAUAAAUCACCAUGCAGACAAGUCCCUUGAUAGCUUCUGUAAGUGGCAGAAAUCCAUUCUCUCUCACCAAAGUGAUGGAAACACCAUUUCAGAAAAUGGAAUUGCCCACCAUGAUAAUGCGGUCCUUAUUACUAGAUAUGAUAUCUGCACCUAUAAAAACAAGCCUUGUGGAACACUGGGCUUGGCCUCUGUUGCUGGAAUGUGUGAGCCUGAAAGGAGUUGUAGCAUUAAUGAAGAUAUUGGCCUAGGGUCUGCUUUUACCAUAGCACAUGAGAUUGGCCACAAUUUUGGUAUGAACCAUGAUGGAAUUGGAAAUUCUUGUGGAACCAAAGGUCACGAAGCAGCAAAACUUAUGGCAGCUCACAUUACAGCAAACACCAACCCUUUCUCAUGGUCAGCCUGCAGCAGGGAUUAUAUCACCAGUUUUUUAGAUUCAGGCCGUGGUACAUGCCUUGAUAAUGAGCCUCCCAAGCGUGACUUUCUUUAUCCCGCAGUGGCACCAGGUCAGGUGUACGAUGCUGAUGAACAGUGUCGCUUUCAGUACGGAGCAACAUCACGGCAGUGUAAAUAUGGGGAAGUGUGUAGAGAGCUUUGGUGUCUCAGCAAAAGUAAUCGUUGUGUUACCAACAGUAUACCAGCAGCUGAGGGUACUCUUUGCCAAACUGGAAGCAUUGAAAAAGGGUGGUGCUAUCAGGGAGAUUGCGUACCUUUUGGCACUUGGCCGCAGAGCAUAGAUGGGGGUUGGGGUCCCUGGUCAAUAUGGGGAGAGUGCAGCAGGACCUGUGGGGGAGGAGUCUCAUCAUCAAUAAGACAUUGUGACAGUCCAGCACCUUCAGGUGGUGGAAAAUAUUGCCUUGGAGAAAGGAAACGAUAUCGCUCCUGUAAUACUGAUCCAUGUCCUUUUGGGGCCCGUGAUUUUCGAGAGAAACAAUGUGCAGACUUUGACAAUAUGCCUUUCAGAGGAAAAUAUUACAACUGGAAACCAUAUACAGGAGGUGGGGUUAAACCAUGUGCAUUAAACUGCUUAGCAGAAGGUUACAACUUUUAUACUGAACGUGCUCCUGCAGUGAUAGAUGGAACACAAUGCAAUGCAGAUUCACUGGAUAUUUGUAUCAAUGGUGAAUGCAAGCAUGUUGGGUGUGACAAUAUUUUGGGAUCUGAGGCUAAAGAAGACAGAUGUCGAGUAUGUGGUGGAGAUGGAAGUACAUGUGAAGUUAUUGAAGGUUUUUUCAACGACACAUUGCCCAGAGGAGGUUACAUGGAAGUUGUUCAGAUUCCAAAAGGUUCUGUUCACAUAGAAAUCAAAGAAGUGACAGUGUCAAAAAACUACAUUGCUUUAAAAUCUGAGGAGGAUGAUUAUUAUAUUAACGGGGCCUGGACUAUUGACUGGCCUAGAAAGUUUGAUGUCGCUGGGACAGCUUUCCAUUACAAAAGGCCAGCAGAUGAAGCAGAAUCUUUGGAAGCCUUAGGCCCUACCUCAGAAAACCUCAUAGUGAUGAUUUUACUACAGGAGCAAAACCUAGGAAUAAGGUAUAAAUUCAAUGUUCCCAUCUCUCGCACUGGCAGUGGUGACAACGAAGUUGGCUUUACAUGGAAUCACCUGCCUUGGUCUGAAUGUUCUGCUACUUGUGCUGGAGGUUCACAGAAACAAGAAAUAGUGUGCAAACGGCUAGAUGACAAUUCUAUAGUACAGAACAAUUACUGUGAUCUUGAUAAUAAACCACCAGAAAAUCAGAGAACCUGCAACACUGAGCCUUGCCCAACUGAAUGGUUUAUUGGAGAUUGGUCAGAAUGCAGUAAAACCUGUGAUGGUGGAAUGCGAUCAAGAACAGUUCUGUGUAUCAGGAAGAUUGGACCUUCUGAAGAGGAAACCUUGGACAGUAUUCAUUGUUUAACACACCGGCCAAUUGAAAAAGAAUCUUGUAAUAACCAGUCUUGCCCCCCACAGUGGAUUCCUUUGGAUUGGUCAGAAUGUACUCCAAAAUGUGGCCCUGGUUUCAAGCAUCGUAUUGUUCUCUGUAAAAGCAGUGAUCUUUCAAAAACAUUUCCAGUUGCACAUUGCCAAGAAGAAAAUAAGCCUCCAGUCCGCAUGCGCUGUAGCUUGGGCAGGUGUCCACCACCACGAUGGAUUAUGGGGGACUGGGGGCAGUGUUCUGCACAAUGUGGUCUUGGACAACAGAUGAGAACUGUGCAAUGUCUUUCAUAUACCGGGCAAGCAUCCAGUGACUGUCCAGAUACUCUUCGGCCUCCAUCAAUGCAACAGUGUGAAAGCAAAUGUGAUAGUACUCCCAUUUCCAACACAGAGGAAUGCAAAGAUGUGAAUAAAGUGGCUUAUUGCCCACUGGUGCUGAAGUUCAAAUUCUGCAGUCGAGCAUACUUCAGACAGAUGUGCUGCAAGACCUGCCAAGGACAUUGACCCACAGAAACUGAAAGUGCCUUGUUAUUUUCAUUGUGGAAAUGUGUCCAUCAGAGAUCGCUGCAAGUACAACCAGACGUAUGUCCUUGUAAAUGCAUCACCCUGUGGAAAAUGUAACCACUGGUCAGCCCCAGCUGACAGAAUUUCAAUAUUAUUUUAACUUCUAUGAAGUGGGAUUUAUUCUUCCAAAGUGCUGGAGACAGAAUAAGGAGGGUAUGCCAUAAUGGAAAAAUACACACAUGCAUACAGAGUAACUUAUGGCGGAACAUAUGUGUACUUUUGACUAAAUCCACUAGUCUUUUUACCUCCUUGGACCAUUAAGAUAAUUGUUAUAAUGGACUUAGCAAUGACACUGAAUCCAUUUGUAUUUAAUAGUGUUUAAAAUGUAGCUGUUGUGGUUUGGUCAAACUCAAAAGAAAAGAAGAAUUUUUAAAAUCUUGUCAUAGCUUAUAAUUAAUAACUAUUUUAUCUUACUACAUAGCACCAUAUCUUAAAGAAGUGGGCUAGGAAAUAUUACUUUAGAAACAAAUAUAAAUCAGAAGUAAAAGAAAUGUAUUUUCAUUUGUUCAUCUAAUUCUCUAAGAAAUAAUCCACAUUUCCGAAGACUGCUGUGAGCCAUGUCUAAAGCUAUAUUAAACUAGAACAAUAAGGAACAUUGAGCUAAGAGAUGUAGAUUUUCCCUAGAUGCAUCAAACAAUAAAUAUAGGUUUACAGCUAUCUUUCCAUUUUGCAAUAACAUCAGAAUUUCCACUAAAAGGGACUAUAUCUAUACAAUGGAAGAGUUAUAUACCAAUUGCAAAGGUAUUUCCUAAUGUUUUAUUGCAUAUAUAGACAUGCUAAAGGUUAAUACCUUCAUAUUCACUGUUCUUCUUUUCAGUUAGAGAGGUCAUCCAUUUUUCAGAUGUCUAAUUAGUUUUCAGUUACAAGUGAUGAACUGUAGUGGGUUUUCUGCAAAUCAUCCUGAAACGUACAAUGGAUUUUCCAUUUCUCCUUCACUGAAACAAUAGGGGAGCACUGAUUUAUGAGAGACUAUGGAGAAGAAUGCAUCUGGAUGCAUCUGGUUUUGGAGAUUCCUACAGAAUAAACAACCAAAGAGUACAUAACUUAUGGGAAACUAUCAAGUACCAUAGUUAUUAUAUUCACCAUUUCAAUAUAUUAAUACGCUGACUUGUAUUAAAUGUGAAGCCAAGCUCCUUGGGUAAAAUAGAUUCCAGAAUCCAGUGUGAGCUAAUACUAAUGGCCAUACUUCUCCUCCAUUCCCUGCUUUGUCCAUGACACAACAAAGAGAUAAGGAAAGUGGGUACUUGUUUAUAUUAUUAUAUUGUACUUGAACACUUGCAGUUUGUAGCAGGUACUUGAUGAAUGUGCUUUUGUGUCCAACUUGCCUCCUUUGUUGUAGUGCAAUUGAGAUGAUGUGAACACCACCACCUUGUAUUAACACUAAAAGUCAAAUGGCACUUUUAUAAAAAAAAAAAUAAUACUCUUAUUGAGACAAGCUUUUAUAACAUGUAUAUGAUAUCUAAAUGUGUCAGUAUAUUUAACAAAUUGCAGUAAGCCAAAUGUGUUGAACAAUAUUUACUAAUGUGAAUUAACAGGAAAAACAGAAUGAGAGAGAGAUGGGGGAAAGGAAGUAUGUGUGUGUGUGUGUGUGUGUUGUACUAUGCAGGAAAAAAAUACUGACAAUCCAUCAGUAGGGUUUUCCAAAGCUCAUUCAUUCAUAACAAUGAGAUUCCUGUCAUAUUCUACCUCUUGACAGAAUGUUUCACUUCCAUUAUACUUCUGAACAGGAGAAUUCUGGCUAAUUUGUUUACCUAGAAUCAUUUACUGCUCAGUUGCAAUGAAUAGAGCUCACUGAAAUGGAAGUUUAGAAAGGAAAACUUAUACACAUUUUGUGAAUUCCCAUGUAAGCAUAAGUUGCCAUUGAGUGAAUGUCAUUUACAAAUUAGUCUUUCAGAGUACAAUCCUAUACUUAAUAACCUACUCAAAUGAAAGUCCCAGUGAGUUGAGUGGGGUUUACUCUCUGGUGCGUGGUAUAGGAUUGCAGCCUUAGGGAAAUAACUUGGUGCUAACAUGCCUUGGCUGAGUAAAAAAAUAAAAUAAAAAGGGAUAGCUAUCACAAGGGCAUUUUACAGGCAAGACACCACAAUCUAUCAUAUUUUGGUUUGCUCUGAGACAUGAAUAUUUAUUACUGAAUGUUCCUCUUGAACUAAGAAAAAAACAUGGGAUUUAUUGAAACAAAAUUCCUUUUACCUCACAGAACAUUGCCAUUGCAAAAAGUGUUUCUGUAAGCACAUUUUGCGCUUUUCAUUGGUGCUAGAAGACCAGGGAGUCCAAUGUUUACUCUGUGGCACACAGGAGCACUGAGUUUGGAAUUUAAGAAGCUCCCUGGAGCAAUGUUGACUUGCAUUGCUAAAGGGAAUGAUAUCCAGAAUGUAUUGGGAUUACAAAUGGACUGGCAUGUAGUUCUAAGCUUAAAUAAAAGCCUGAAUAAAAGAGGUAAACCAUUGGUUUUUCACAGCACGGGACAUUGCUGCUGCUACACUAUAGCCACCUAUAUAAUCUAAGCUAAGAAUAUUAAUAUUAUAUUCCUAAAUAUUACAACAGAACCAUUUGCAUCGGCCACAGAAAGAUGAAAAGCCUAGAAUUUCAAUGGUAAAAUACUAAAUUCACAAAUAAUUGCUGGUACGUAUUUCCAUUGGGCUAUGCCACCUACCAUGAGGCCUACAGUUCAAAUUAUUUAAAUGUACACACCUAAAAAUUACCCAUUUUAGAGGGCUCUUAACUAAUGGUAAGGAUGUCACAUAAAUUUCCUUUACAGUACAAAAGAAAAAGAACCCUUUCUAUUAUUAUGAUUAGUUGCUUCUUAUUUUAUGUGCAGUAUUAAUGUGGUACACUGUUACAUUGUUAUUAUUUUUAUUUGCUUUUGUAAAUUAUAUGCUAAUUUAUUUCCAUGUUUCCUAACACUUGUUCUUACAUCCCCUCAUUCUGCUGCUUGUAACAUUUGAUGCAGUAAAAUUUUACACCAGGCACAGAUUUGUUUUUAACAUAGAUAAUUUAGUAAAAUAAAAACGCAACUUUAAAGAAUCUGCCUUGUGGUAACAAUCUGUUCACUGACAUCCCUGUGCAAGAAUUUUGCAAGCACAAAUAUUUACAUCAUUGAAAAUACUUCUGAAAGUAUAUUUACUUUUCAGUUAGACAACACAUCAAGUAAUGUCUGUGCUGUCUCAGUCUUCUCCUUGGCUAUAACUACAUUAGAGCAUGUUGCAGAAAGGCCAUGGGAUACAUCACACCUAGUAGUGAUGUUGUGAGUUCUUUAUUCAUUUCAUUAAGACUCCAGUGGAGGUUUCAGGAAAAUACAAUUUCAUUUUAACAGCAUUUGCCAGUUUACAAUCACUGUCUUAUUCAGAGAGAUCCCCCCCUCCACAGAAGAACAUUAAGCUACUUCUACUCUACAGUUGUUGGGGGAGAAUGGUAGAUUAAGGAAAUACAGUGUUCCCUCACUACUUCGCGGUUCGCUUUUCGUGUCCACGCUGUUUCGUGGUUUUUAUUUGGCGUCCAAGGCACUCUCAGAAUGCUUUGGACCUUAAUGCUAUCCAAUCAUAAGUGGUAUCUAUUUAUCAAACUAACCAAUUAAACAACACAAAGCAACUCACGGAGGACUAGGUUACGGCCGCGCCUGCCUUUUGCACAUGUGCUCUCGCCCUGCCCCCUCUUCCAGGAAGGCUUCACUGGCUCCCCGACAAUCCUGAGAGUUGCAGGUUUACAGCCUUCUCUGCCAAAUUGCUGCUCGCCUCACCAAACUAAAACAACUACAGUGCAAAACAGGCUUGUGAAGGAGAGACAGGCCAACUAACUACUAAAAUAAGGUAUAAAUAUUAAAAUAAAUAUAGUGUCCCUACUUCACGGAUUUUCACUUAUUGCGGGUGGUCCUGGAACGUAACCCCCGUGAUAAGUGAGGGAACACUGUAGUCUACAAUUCUAGAAUAUAUAUGAUAUAUAAACAAUUACACUCCAGCAGAGGCUGGAAAAGGUAAUUUUAAAGACUACGAUGCCUAGUCUCCUGGUGGAUAAUUCUUGGAGAGAUAAUUCAAAGAAACAAACCUUCAAAGCUCCACCCAGAUGUAUGCACUGUGAUAUUUGUAAUGAAAGGUGAUGUUAACUUUUCUGGUCAAAUGUUUUAGAGAAAGAAAGCAAAUUGUACUUUUGAAUCAAAUACUGUUGAGGUCUGCAACAUUUAGUUUUAUGACUCCUUUUGUUGCCCCCUACCUUGACAACUAUUUCUUCUCAGCUGGCUACCUGUUCUCCAUAUUAUUAAUGAGUAAACAUGGCACAGAUACUGUAUGUGCACAGUGAGUCACAAUGCUUUAUAGACUCUCUUCUUCAUGUUCCUACCAAAUCCUUGCAUCUUUAAUUUAUUAAAAUCGAAGCUGUUCUUUAUUGUACAAUAGUCAAUCCUAAACUUUAAACGUAUCUGUUUUAUCAAGACAGAUUGUCCUCAUUUUAUUAUGAUUGUAAAUCUAUGGAAGUUAUGCAAUGGGAUAUUUCUUUGUAAAUCUUGUAUCGGAUGUUCUUGCAUGGCUAUGAAUUAUAUCAAUCAUCUUAAAAAUAAAGUAGCACAGCCCAAAAGUUACAACCUGUUUAUUCAAGCUAUCUCAUUUGUGUAAUGAAGAGGAAAUGUCAUAUAUCAGAACUUUGCUGCUAUUGUUUAUAAGUUAUUUUUAAUACAAUAUCCCAGAAUCUCAUUGCCAGGAUAUUGUUGAGAAGUACUUAGUUUGACCAUGGUUUAAGUUUCUUCAUUGUAGUGGUCUCAGUACUUUGCUAGAUCACAAUUAUUACUUGAGCUUUCACUUAGAUAUCACAAUUUGGAUGUAUGUAUGGGGUUCCCUGGGGAGGGGUGGCACAAGAGGCUUUAGUCUAAGGAGCUUGUUAGCUAUACCCUUAAACUAAUAAUAGACAACAAAAGGUAAAGUGCUUCUGUCACUAGAUGAACUGUCAAUAUCCUUCUCCACAAAGGCUAAAACAUCUGAAUGUUGUAAACAAUAACUCUACCGACUUAUUAAAAGUGCUAUUUUAUAUUAGUUUUUUUUAAUGAGGUGUUGCUGUGCUAUUUUACUCUCCUUGCAGCUCUUUCUUCACUCUCAACCACAGGCACAAUUGUCCGUUGUAUCUCCUUGAACUGUGGACUCUUCAACGUAUGAAACUGGAGAAACAAGACUUGAUCCGUUCCGUUUUCCUUGUAUUCAGAGAGUUCUUGUAGCACCUUAGAUAUUAAGAGAACAAAGAUGAUUGCAUAAACUUUCAUUAACUAUGUCUACUUCUGUCACGCUUAUGCUACCAACUUCACCCUCUUAGUUUCUAAAGUGCUACAAGAAUCCUUUGCAUAUUGAUAUCCCAGACUAGCACAGCUAUGUCUUUGAUUUCUUGUCUUAUGUUACUAUCAAUCUAAAGCAUUGCAAAUGGAUAACUUACUUAGGAGCAAAUCAUGUGAUGUUCAGGAUGUUACUGAACUUCAACACUCAGAUUCAUCAUCAUUGGCUACACAGGAAGUUUCGGAUCAGAAGAAACAUUUUAAGGUUGCUCUUUCAGAGCUUCCCAUGGAAAUUUGCUUUGCAGUUGUCCUGACAUUAAAAUAAGUAUGCCUUGUCUUGAUGUGUGCAUUAAAUGGAAACAUCCCAGGAUAUCACAUUUCAUUAUCUCACAACUCCAAAUUAGUGCUAUAGUGCUGGUUUGGUUCUCUAUUCCACAUUACCUCCAUAACCCUGCUUUCCUGCUCUUUACCUUACCCAGUGUGUCUCCCGACUUUUAUAUUUUUAUUUUUAUCACAAUUCCACUGUUGUAAUAAUAUGGGGAAAAACAUUUAAAAGAGCAGAAAAGAAAUUGAGAAGGAAAACAACUUGUUUGAGAAACGGUCAUUUGGCAGCAGUAUGCCUAGAAUAGACGAAUCAAUAGACACUGAAUUAGGGUUAAUAGAACUCUCCUCUAGCUGAUCCUACUAUGUCAUCAACAUCAUCUAUUUAUUUAUCACUGCACAUGGUGCAUUACAAUUAUAAUAAAAAACAGUUCUUUGUUCUCUGGCUUACAAUCUAAUACAAUUCUGGUCCAACUUACCUGUCCAAACGGAUCUCCCCCUAUGAGCCAUCAAGAACCCUGAGAUUGUCUGGGGAGGCCCUGUUCUCAGUUCCACCUACUUCGCAGGCGUGACUGGUGGGGACGAGGGACAGGCCCUUCCUAGUAACAUUCAGCAGGCCCCGACCCUCUCGAGCUUUAGGAAAAAUGUAAAUACAUGGCUUUGUGCACAAGCAUUUAAUGAAUAAGUAUUAUGAUCUGACAUGGCCCAAACUAAGGUUUAUGUACAAGGUAUUUGGAUGAAUGGACUGAAUUAUUUAUGUGUUUUAAACUUCUUAUAAUGUUUUUAUCAAGUAUUUAAUUGAUGUAAUUGUGCUGUUUGAUUUUAUUGAAUUCUGUUUUUGGGCAUUGAAUUUUGCCAACCCUGUCAGCCUCCUUGAGUCCCUAUGGGUGAGAAAGGCAGGGCAAAAAUGUUGUAAAUAAAUAAAUAAAGGCAUGCUACCAAAGGAAAAGGGAACGGCAGUGUGUAAGUGGAUUAGCUUUAGCAAUGUUACAUCUUAUCUCCCUCUGAGACCACAGUAGUCCAGUUGAGAUGUAGGAAAAGCAUUUCAUUUGCUUCUGGGCCUAUAGUCACAUGUGUCUGACUACAAUGGGCAAGAUAAACAGCAGCUACCUCCAGGAUCCCUUACUGAGGAUGCUGAACAGCAAAACAGAAAAAAGGGAACAUCAGAUAUGCCUGCUUUACAACUAUAUGUUAAAAGAGGAUAGAUCUGGUCAUCAAAAUGGAAAUCAUAAGAAAAAGGAAGAGAAAAAAAAAUCAUUGGAUUCAUUUUGAAAGAAGCCUUGGUCUCUAGAAUGUUGAAAGUUUUUGUUAAUUCAUGCAAAAUGCUUCUGACUACUAAUUGUUUACUUGCUGACCUGGUUGCUCCAUUUCACAUGUGCACGUCUUUAAUUCUGAAUAAAAGCCCAUUGAAACAUG